CUCGCUGCUUCCAGCUAACCGGGUUCUGCUCGGUCCAUUCAUCCUUGUGUCCGCCGUCUACCGUCCGCUCCUUUCACCUCGUCUGACGGCGCAAUUGUAUAUUGCACCCUUUUCCGACUCAACAUUGUCUCAGACACUGCCGCCGAAGUUGCUGCGGCCGGUACAGGAGACGUCCAAGAUAUAUAUAGACUGAAGCUUGCGCUGCAAUCACAAUCGUCCUACACUAGAUUCAUAGGAUUAUUGGGAUGUCAUCCUCGAGCAGGCCGCCGAGCGUGAAGGAUGAAGAGGAGGACGUGGUGGAGAUCAAGAAAGCGAUGGCGACGGGAAGCAAUGGUAAUUCGAGUACGGUGGCUUCGGUCCCGCCCAUCGUCUGCUACUGCGUCGCCUCCAUCCUCAUGACGGUCGUCAACAAGUUCGUCGUCUCCGGUCGGCAGUUCAACAUGAACUUCCUCCUUCUGUGCAUCCAAUCCUCUGUCUCCGUGCUCUGCGUCUUCUCUGUGAAACGCCUCGGGUUGAUCUCCUUCCGUGACUUUGACGCGCGUGAUGCGAAGAUGUGGUUUCCGAUCAGCUUUAUGCUCGUUACGGUGAUCUACACCGGGUCGAAGAGUCUGCAAUACCUCAGUAUUCCCGUAUAUACCAUAUUCAAAAACCUAACAAUUAUCCUUAUUGCCUAUGGCGAAGUCAUUUGGUUUGGUGGGCGCGUCACCGGACUCACAUUAAUUUCUUUCUUCUUCAUGGUGCUUUCAUCUGUUAUCGCCGCAUGGGCGGACAUCAGCGAAGCGCUGACUGCAGGCGACCCUGCUGUUGUGGAGGGCCUGGGGAUGCUCGGCACGAUGAAGGGCGUCGUGACGAGCCUGAACGUGGGCUACUUCUGGAUGUUCGUGAACUGCGUGACGAGCGCGACGUAUGUGCUGUCGAUGCGCAAGCGCAUUAAGUCGACGGGAUUCUCGGACUGGGAUACUAUGUUCUACAAUAACCUUCUCUCCAUCCCUGUGCUCGCCGUGUUCUCCAUCGUUGUAGAAGACUGGGGUACGGAGAACCUUACGCGUAACUUCCCGCCAGAGACACGGAACUUUUUGUUAUUCGCCAUCGCGUUCUCCGGAGCUGCAGCUGUGGGUAUCUCGUACACCACUGCAUGGUGCAUCCGCGCGACGAGCAGCACGACAUAUAGCAUGGUUGGUGCGCUGAAUAAGCUGCCGGUGGCCGCAUCAGGAAUGAUUUUCUUCGGUGACGCGGUGACGUUUGGGUCAGUGUCCGCGGUGGGGGUGGGGUUCUUCGCGGGGUUGGUAUACGCGGUGGCGAAGAACAAUCAGAAGAAGGCGGAGAUGACAGCCCAGCAAGGUGUAAUUCCCAUGGCGAGGAAGACGUGAGUAAUGUGUCUGACGUCUGUGACGUAUGGCGCGAAGCGUCUGCCCUGGGAUGGGCCGUCUUGCCCGGGACCGGGGGGGGGAAUGCGCAUCGUUGGGUUGCGCCGCAUUGGGAGGAUGUUCAGGGGGGUCGUUCUCUGCGACAUUCGCGGCAG